GGAUGUUUGUCCGUCAACAAGAAUUAUGCGAAUUCGAAAAUUUUUACCGUGGCUCCGAUGAUGAGUUUGCCCUGAGUGAAAUUCUACCCUUCAUGGGUGAACUUGGGCUUACAGUGAAAUUUAAGCGGUUGUUACCGAAGGGAAAUAUCUCACCAGAGCCGCGACAACAGAAUGACGGACAACAAAGAUAAUGUAAAUUGGAGUAGAUUUGGUUUGGAUCCUGUUGGGCGAUCAGAGCCUUCGCCUCCAAGACCUCACGGCGAUGAGUCGGUAGAAGUUACAGCCAGUGGAAGUACAUCUUGUGGUAAUCCGAAUGUCAAAGAUCUUUUUGAUGAAGAUCAGGGGGAUCAAGUGUCUGAGAAGCCAUGGUGGAAGGCAAACUUCUUUGUGAGGGAGCCAGUGUUAUUUGGAACAUGGGAUGGUGUAUUUACAUCAUGUAUGCUGAACAUCUUUGGUGUGGUUAUAUUUCUCAGGACUGGGUGGAUGGUGGGUAAUGCUGGCAUUGGGCUGUCAUUGUUGAUUAUUGUGUUAACUCUGUUGGUUGCUCUGGCUCCAGCACUAUCAGCCAUUGGGGUUUGUGAGCGGUGUCAUGUUGAAAGUGGUGGUGUGUACUUCCUUUUAGCGCAUGUUCUAGGACAGCGGAGUGGAGGAACAAUUGGAAUUCUUUACUCUUUUGGAAUGGCCGUUAGCAUUUCAUUAUUCUGUGCUGGAUUUGGUGAAUCCUUGGCGGAGACCACAGGCUGGGAAGGUCCAUGGGCAGUUCGUGUGAUUGGUCUGAUUACUUCCUUGAUCUUAUUGGUUGUUGUUCUCGCUGGCGUCAAAUGGGUCGUCAAACUACAGCUUCUCCUUCUUGCUAUCCUUAUGCUCUCUGUUCUUGACUUCCUUGUCGGCACCUUUGCUCAUACUGAUUAUGCUGCUGGUUUCACUGGCUAUAGAACGGAAAAUAUGGAGAAAAAUGCCCCGCCCAAGUUCUCUGAAGGGCAGAACUUCUUUUCUGUGUUUGGUGUUUUCUUCCCCAGUGCAACAGGAGUACUGGCAGGUAUUAACAUGAGUGGAGACCUCAAGGAUCCCUCAAGUAAUAUUCCUGCAGGAACACUUGCAGCAUUGGGCUUUAGUGGAAUGCUUUACAUCUUGUUUGCUGUGUUACUUGGCGCAGUCUGCAGCCGCUAUGCUCUGCUCACAGACUAUAUGAUAGCAUCCAAGGUGUCGUUAGUUGGAGUGUUGUUUCUGUUUGGUCUGUAUGUAUCUUCUUUAUCCUCCUGUCUUGGUGCUCAGUAUGGAGCCCCGCGAGUGUUACAGUGUAUCAGCAAGGAGAAUGUUGUACCUCUCAUUAAAUCACUGGGCAAAGGGCGUGGUCCAAAUCAGGAGCCGUAUGUAGCUGCGAUAUUUGUGGCUGUGAUUGCCAUAGCAUUCAUAAUGAUCGGUAACCUGAAUGCUUUGGCUCCUAUAGUGACAAUGCCAUUUCUACUCACAUACGCUGCUAUUGACUACGCGUACUUCAAACUCGCCAUGAGCUAUGAUCUACGAGAACAGCAAAAAUUGUUUGAACGAAAACCGUCAUCAGAUCUCAAGAAAUCGCCAGAAAGUCGGUUGAUUUCGUCUGAUUUUAAAGACAGUGGAAAGAAAUUGAGUUACGGCAGCAGCUCCGAGGAAAAAUAUGAUUUUGGAGAAGUGAAAUUUGGCAUGCAAGAUGCCAUGGAGAAGGAUGACUCCCAGGAAAAGGAAAAUAAAAAUAAAGAUGACAAGUGGUCUGAUUACAGCUCGCCUCUGGAUAUGCCAGAGCACGAUACAGCAGAAACGAAAGUUAAUUUAGAAAGCAGAGACACUGAUGGCGAAAAAGGAGAUUCGGAAGUGUUUAAUGAUACAACAAAACUGCUGCAGAGUGAGAGCAAUAAAGACAAGGAAAAAACACUAAGAGAAAGACGAAAAUCGGAUGAAGCAGAUCGCGAGAAAUUAAAAGAACGUAGAAGGAAAGAAGAAUACUAUGAUGAAGAGCAUCAGAUCAAAUGGGAAAUAGAAAAACAACCUUCUUCUUAUUAUUCAGAUUUGUGUAAUCGAUGGGUGUCUUUAGCUGGGGCGUUUGCCAGUAUACUGAUAAUGUUCCUUAUUAACUGGGGAUACGCCCUCGCAAACAUCUCCUUGGCGUUAAUAGUGUACAUAUAUAUCGGUCAGGCAAACCCAGGACUGUCGAAAGGAGUUGCUUCAGAUUUCGUGUUCUUUAAGUGGGUUCAGUCUUUGUGGGAUAAACUGGCAAGGAAGGAAUCUUCACAACAGCAAAUCGUAGUCCCAAUCAGCGGCAUUCCUUAUCAGAUGUCCACCUACCAGCUGACAGAAGAAAACACAGACUUUUCCUACCGAGACAAGCGGCACCAGUCCUCCAUGAGCCCCUAUGAAGCAAAUCUGAAGCAAAGCUGAAGCAAAGCUGAAGCAAAUCUGAAGCAAAUCUUGAGCAAAAUCAAGAUUCUUGACACUUAAUUGAAAACCGCUUAAUUGAGGAUAACGAAAGAGUGUAGGAACUUUACACACCAAGAAACUGAAUCUAAAUUUGAAUUAGUGAAUUAUUGCCAUUUUGAACCACUCGAGCAAUAAAGUGAAAUUAGUAUUCACAACA